AUGCGGCUUCCGCGCGUUCUUCUGGACGGGCAUCAACAUUCUGGUGAAGGACCAUCUGAAGCUGGGUCUGUCCUUGCGCCUGCCUCUUCCCCUCCCUCCACCUUUCUUCACCCAUCCUCACCGUUCUUCAAUCCAUCCCAUAUCAUUCACACCUCUCAGGGCUUCCGCGCGUUCCCCUGGACGGGAAUCAGCAUUCUGGUGAAGGACCAUCUGAAGCUGGGCCCAGCAGCAGCGCAGCUCAUGACCUCCACUGCCUACAUGCCGUGGAGCGUGAAGCCCUUAUAUGGGAUCGUAUCUGACUGUGUGCCUAUAAGGGGCGGACGGCGCAUUCCCUACAUAAUCAUCGCCAACGCCCUCUCGCUGCUCUCCUGGCUCGCCCUCGCGUUCGUCCCAAGUCUCGCCGCCUCCGCUGCGCCCUUCACGCUGCUGCUCGUGCUGCAGAACGUUGGGGCGGCCAUGGCUGACGUGGUGAUAGAUGCCAUGGUGGCAGAAGCGGCAAAAGGGGACAAGGAGAGGUAUGCGGGCGACCUACAGUCCCUCUCCUGGUUCUCCAUGGCAGCAGGCGGCGUGGUGGGAAGCCUCCUAGGGGGCCCAGCUCUAAAGACGCUGCAGCCACACGGCAUUUCACAUGGUAACCGCAUGAGUGGUGGCAGCGAGAGUGAGGAGAGUGGCGAGUUGGGGGAGUGGGAGAAGGUGGUACCAGAGCAGGUGGUACCAGAGCAGCAGGAGGAGGAGAGUGUGGAGGGCAAAGGGAAGGAAAUGGGUAGUGAUCUUUUCGAACCCUCAAGGGGAAAGGCUGAUGAAAAGUCUGUAGAGGCUGUAGGCGCGAGGAAGAAGGAUGGAGAAGGAAAAGAGGGGGACGAGGUGGGUGGAGGAAAAGAGGAGGGUGGGGGCGAGAAGAGUGUGGCAGGAGAGCAGAGCACAGGGCUGCGACAACGGAGAGGCAGAGAGGGGGGUGACGGGGAAGGAGGGAAGGGAAAUGCAGCUGAGACUGGAAGGGCGGAGGGAGCAGAGGAGGCGAGGAAGAGGAGAAGUGAGGAGAGAAGUAGAAGGAAGGCGGCAGGGGGGUUGGGGAGGAAGGUGCUUGAUCUGGUGACGGCUCUGUGGCAUGCUGUCAUGUCUCCAGACAUCUUCUGGCCUAUGGCAUGGUUCAUGACGUCAUGUGCUGUCGUGCCUACCCUAACGUCUUCCCUCUUCUAUUUCCACACCAACCAUCUGCACCUCGACCCCUCGUUUCUUGGCUCCACUAAGGUCAUUGGCUGGGCGGGCCUCAUGCUCGGGACUCUGCUCUACAACACGAGGCUCAAAUACGUCCCGAUUCGACGAAUCUUCAUGUGGGUGCACAUUUCAAUGGCCGUGUGCACAAUCGCCGACACCCUCCUCACCUCUCGCCUCAACUUGAGGCUCGGCAUACCUGAUACUGUCUUCCUGCUGGGCUCUGCUGCUGUUUCCGAUGCAGUCAACCAGUUCAAGUUCAUGCCAUUCCUCGUGCUCUCCGCCCGCCUGUGCCCCCCGGGGAUAGAGGGAACGCUCUUUGCUCUCUUCAUGUCGGCCUACAACUUUGGCAACACCCUCAGUGGCUACAUGGGCGCCACUCUCGCCACGCGGCUAGGAAUCACCGCCACGUCAUUUGAUAACCUGACACUUGGCGUCACGAUACAGGCUGUUUGCACGCUGCUGCCGAUCCUGUUCCUCCGCUGCGUGCCGGCUAAUAUGACUGGUGUUGGGGACGAAGGGAAGCAAGCAGUACGGGUGGUGGAGGAACAAAGAGAAGAUGAGGUUUCGAGGAAACAUACAUGGUCGAAACGGCCAAAGAAGCACGAGUGA